AUGAGAGAUGGAUACAAGCUGUCAGCACAUACAGAUUUUGAUAGAGAGGAACUAUACGAAUCUGAGGAAGAUAAAAGAGCAUUGCUGGAGAUGCCAGAAACAAAGAGGGAAGAGAUAUUAUACAAAAGGCACGCUGAGCUUCAAAAGUUCAAAGAGAAAAAAGAGUUAGAAGAAAAGAUGAUGGGGCUGAAAAAAAAGGCACCUUCUGUGACUAAGGAGAAGAUUUAUGACACAGACAAUUUUAUGGAGUUUUCUCAAUGCAUAGUAACCAGAGACAUGAUUGCAAGGAAUGUAUUUAAGCCAUUCUUUGAUGAUUUUGUUGGACAUUUCACAAGAGCUAGAAUUAAUGGUUUGUAUCUUGUUGUUAAGAUAGUCGGGGUGGGGAAAGGAGAUGUAUACAGUCUUUGGAUUGAUAGAAACGAGAUAAAAACAAACAGGUAUCUGGACAUAUCCACGGGAACUAGAACAUAUAAGAACUUUAGGAUAGAAAACAUUAGCAACUCUCCUCUGCUUAGAGAAGAAUAUGAAGACGUAUGGAGGUUCUUCAAGGUGGGUUCAAUAGCCAAGAUUAGGGAAGAUUAUGAGAAGCUUGCAAAGAACAUGAGUAGAAGGCUUAGUGACGAGGAAAUAAGCAAAAUGGUAGCUUGCAAGGACGAGGUAUAUCCAAAGAGAAGAGGAAUUACCCAUCUUAAGAUAGAGUUGAUCCAAAAGAGAGAUAGGGCGAUAGAGCUUAAGGAUAAAAAAGCAGCCAUGGAGUAUCAAAAAAAGAUUGAGGAGAUCGAGGAUGGUGAAAGAGGAGGGAUGUAA